AAAAACGCGCCUGUUUACGAUGGUUUCGGAAGAGAAUAGAAGGCAAGGGAAUUGAAAUUUCCUUUCCUUUUGUUUUUGUUUCCUUUUCUGAUUGUUUCUUCCUGUGGAAGGAAAGUGAAAGAAAGGAAAGGAACAGAAAGUGAUGGAAGCUGCCAUGGGAUUGAUCAGAAGAAUGCAUCCUAAGAAAUCGCAGACUGCUCUCUCCGCUCUCCUCAGCCUCCUGCCUCACCACUCCUCCGAUCUCCUCUCCCAAGUCGAUCAGCCUCUCCAGGUUUUAUGUGAUGUGGAUUGUGGAAAGGAGUUCAUAUUAUGUGAAUACAAUAGAGAUGCUGACUCUUACAGGUCACCGUGGUCAAAUAAAUAUCACCCACCACUAGAAGAUGCACUCUAUCCGUCUUCAGAGUUGAGGAAACUUGAAAUUGAAGCAAAUGAAGUCUUUGCCAUCUAUUGUGACCAGUAUUAUGAAGGUGGCAUCUCAUCUGUAUACUUGUGGGAAGAUGAUUAUAAAGAAGGUUUUAUAGCAUGCUUUUUGAUAAAGAAAGAUGGCUCAAAAACAGGGCAGGGCAGAAGGGGUUACCUGCAGGAGGGAGCUUGGGACGCCAUUCAUGUUAUUGAGGUGGGGCCAGAAGAGGAAGGAGCAGCCCAUUAUUGUUUGACCAGUACUGUUAUGCUAUCUUUGACUACAAAUGGCGAGUCAUCUGGCACUUUCAGUCUCUCAGGGUCUAUUAGACGACAGAUGAACAUGGACCUCGCAAUUGCAGAUGGUCAUCUUUGUAACAUGGGAAGGAUGAUAGAAGAAAUGGAGGGUAAACUUAGGAACUCACUUGAUCAGGUUUAUUUUGGGAAGACAAAAGAGAUGGUUUGCACUUUACGACCCCCAGCUGAAGUAGUGAUGAGACUGCCAAACAGCUGAGCAUUAUAUGAUGAUGGCAACAGAAGAUGCAUUCUGUCUAUGUCAGAAAUUCGUGUAACAGUGAUUGCUGAAGGAUAUUUGUAGAUUUUCUCGUCUCUUCACCUUUUGGCUCAUUACUUGAGAUCAUUAUAUAUUCACAGUUUGUCUAAUUGUAAACUGAGGUGGUUCCUUUUGCACAGGAGAGUUAUCCUUUUUGUGCUUUGCCAUGACAUCAUUUGAACAAAUUUUCAAUUAUUGAUGCAAUGUUUUCUGAAA